CCAAUGGUGAAUCGAGCAACAUUCGAAAACAUUAUACGCAUACAUACAUUGAUUACAUUGUGCUAUUAAAAUUAUUGUAACACCUCAAGCGUUAGGAAUUUUCGGUUUUCUAGUUUUCUAGUAUAUUCACAGCAGACUGUCGAGUCAUGGAACAAGAGAAGCCUGCAAUGGAAAGUGCUCCUCCGGCGACCACUGACGAGAAAAGUUCAGAAGCAGUUGCAGCUGCAUCUGCAUCAGAUGAUGCUGCAGCAGAAGCCAAGUCACUUAAAUGCAAUCAAUGCGGCAAACUAUUCAAAGGGCAGCUUGAGGUUGAGUACCAUGCUGCAAAGACAGAUCACUUUGACUUCUCAGAGUCUACAGAAGAAAUCAAGCCUCUCUCUGAAGAAGAGAAACAAGAGCGGAUCAGGCUGAUGGAGGAGAAAAUCAAGCAAAAGAGAAAGGAACGCGAAGAGCAAGAGAAGGUGGAAGCUCUUGAAAGGGAGAAAAUUAGAAUCAAGUCGGGCAAAGAGAUGAUCGCUACUCGAAGAAGGCUGGAAGAGGACGAGAUGAAGAAGAUCAUGGAUCAGAGAAAGAGGGAGAAAAUGGAAGACCAGCUUGCCAGGCAAAGGAUCAAGGAGAAAAUCGAGCAGGACAAGCUGGCUCGACAAGCCAAAUACAGUAAUACUCCAGUGGUCGAGCCUAAAGCCCCCGUUCAACCAGAAGCGCCUCAACCGAAAGCACCGCCCAAGGAUUAUACAGAGGCCAAAAUAAAUAUCCGCCUGACUAACGGCCAGACCAUAACCCAGUCUUUCAAGGCCAAGGAGGAACUGUCCGCCGUCAGGCUCUUUGUGACUUUGAACAGAACUGAUGGGGCUGCUCCCUUCUCCAUGAUGACAAGUUUCCCCAGAAAGGUCUUCCAGGAGGAUGACUAUGCAAAACCCCUGGACGUCUUGGGUUUGGUGCCUUCUGCUGUCAUCACUGUCACAAAAGCUCAAUGACUCUGUGGAUGUGAAAGUGUGAAGACUGCCAAGGUUAACUUGGCCUAACAGAAUUACUUUUUGUCUUCAGCUACAUAUGUUUAAUAUUAAAAAUUGAUUCAGCAAGGGCAUUCCAUUGAUGUUACAACCCAUCUGUUGACACAGCUCAUCAGUUUUCAUGCUACAAAGUUUUUUUUAAUAUGUCAUUAUAAUGCUUUAAUAAAUUCUUCAACACA